AUGGCGCUGUGGUUGGGAGAGGAGUCGGUACUGACAGAUGAGAGCAGGCUCUUGCGUGAACAAAGGAUCACUGUCCGUGUGGAUGCACGAAUGACACCAGAUCAAGAAAGGGCUUGGAUGUCAACAUGGGAAGGUUCAGGUGCCGGAUCUUCUUCGGAGUACCUCUUCCAGCCUCCAUCCGACGAGCAGAGCGAACUGCGAGUUGCGCAUUGCCCCCUCUUCGACGACGAGCCCUUUGCGAGGCAGCAUGCAGCAGCGCUGCUGAGGAACGCGUCGACAUUCAUUGGCCAGGCACUGGAUGCAGGUGAGUCCGUCUAUGUGCACUGCAAGCAUGGAGCAUCGAGAUCAGCCUCGAUCGUUGUGUGUUACCUGAUGGAGCACCGAGCCAUGACACUACUUGAGGCAGUGAGUUGGGUUAAGGACAAGCGUGCCAAAGCAGGACCCAACGAUGGAUUUCUGGAUGUCCUCUUCGAGUUAGAGGAGAAUCUGCGGGGGUCGCGAAGUGACCGUGAUGAAGUCCUGAGUGUCGUCCGGCGAAAGUGGUUGGCCGACUACAAGGUGUUGGCGACUCGUGAGGCAACGCUUUUGGAGGAGCACAAUCAUUUUGUAGAUUUUCAGGCUCUUCUAGAGGAAAAUGACAGCAACAUCACUCUUCGGCGAAAUGAACAUGAGAUGAUGGGGAUGGUCAUGGUGAAGACAACGGUGACAGUGGCCAUCAUGGUUAGAGUGGUCGUCCUCGUCCUCCUCCUUGGGGGCAUGGCGACAGUGGGGUGCCUGGAGUUUGGCAUCUGCGGUCUGGACAUCACGGUGCCCAAGGAAGUCCUCUCGGAGCUUUUCAGCCCGCCGGCGGCCUGCCGGGUGGUGCCGGUUGCCGCAUUCCAGCUGGCCUAUCAAGGCUAUCCCUGGCUGCCAGCCUCGGGCUACCUUCCCGAUGGCUCCAUGGAGGGCCGGCGAUAUCCGAAUGGCGAAACCUAUCCAUCGUGGCAUGAGAUCGACGAGAUGAUCAAGACUAUGCCACCCGAGACGCGGCUUUCAUUCCACCUGAACAACACGAAGGAGUGUCCCUAUGUCACCGCAUUGCUUCAAGGAGAGCCGGAGACUUUGCGUCUUGUCGAUGUGCUCUGCAGCCAAUACCACGCACGACAUAUCCAGGUGAACAUCAGUGCCAGAGGUCUGUCGACGGAGCUCUUCAUGCCAGGUGACCUUUGGGGGAAGAGCGCCCAGCAGCUCGUGGAGCUUUCAGAGCGAUACCCCGAGACCCUUUUCCUGAUCCCGGUUUUCCAGCGGCCUGCCUCAUCCUCGACCCCUGCGAUGGAUUCAUGGCCUUUCGUACAGAAGCUCCUCCAGGAUUCAGCUGCACGGAACGGGGGCCAGCCGGUGCGAAACCUGGUCGCCUUCUUCGACAACUCGGCCGGCUCGGGGACGGCCCCCGAUGCAGUGCCCGAGAUCCCACAUGAGUAUCCCAAGAAGGGCCAACCAAUUGGCUUCACGGGCGGUAUUAAUGCAUCCAACGUGCAGGACUGGCUCACCAAAUACUCCGCAGCAGCCGCGGCCCAUGGCUGCGAAUGCAUCAGCGAUGCCCAGACAGGCUUCCGAGCGGGGAAAGAUCGAGGGCAACCGAUCGACGUCGCAGCCCUGCAAGAACUCGUGCGGAACGUGUACCAAUGGGGCACGUCCAGCGCGUAA